UUUCACCAAGCUCCUAGAGAUUUUAGGCUCAAUUUGUAAAUAAUCAAAUAAAUGCUUAACUAAUCAAGUUUGGCUAAAAUAAAUAAGUAUUUAUGAAGACAAGUUGAAUGACAGACCUUGAGUAAGAGUGAACCUGGUUGGAGUUUUUGGCGUGCAUUUUGUAUAAAAGACUAAGAGUUGCAUUGGACUGACAUCAAUUGUCUUCUAACUGUUACAGCAGUAGCCUCACUUUAAAAUAGCAACAACGAAAUGAAGUUCACCAUUAUAUUCGCUCUCUUCCUUAUGUUCGCCCUCGUGAACUGCAGCUCUUAUGGCGGUCGCGGCGACGAUCGUGGCCACGAGGAUCGACAUGAUGAUCGCAGAGGUGGUCAAAGUUCUGGCUACGGUGGUCAAAGUUCCGGCUACGGUGGUCAAAGUUCCGGCUACGGUGGUCAUCAAAGUGGUGGUCGUGAUGAUCACUAUGGUGGUGGUAGCCGCGGACACUACUAAAGUGACCUUGGGUUGUAUUGAAAAUUCGUUGAUAAAUUAUAAAAAUUGAAAACAUGAAAUUUUUAGUAAAAGUAAACGCUAAA